AUGUCAGUAGACGAGAGUCGUGGCUCAACACCAUCAGUUGAAGCAAGUGAAUCUCCCUCUCCAGCGCCAUCAUCAUCACAAACUCCUAUCUGUUCUUCAUUUAGUAAUGGUUUGACAGUCGAUUUUUCCCGAUUUGAUAGUCCUGGACCCCAUUCAAAAAACUUGGCUGCUCGUUUACAAUUAAAUAGGUUGCGGAAUGGACAGAUUGAUGAAAGUCAGUUUAUAAAACGUCCACUCAAUGCGUACAUGAUUUGGACUCAAGAAGAACGCAAAAAGAUCCUAGCGCAAGAUCCAACAUUAAAAAUGAAUGAUGUUAGCCGCAUGAUGGGUGAAAAAUGGAAAAUGCUUAGUGAAAAAGAAAAGAAGCCGUUCUUUGAAAAAUCCAAGCAAAAUAAAUUGGAGCACAAAAAAGUGCUAAAAGAUAAUCCAAACCUAUUUUAUCAUCCUCAACGAAAGAAAAUGUUGAAAGCGUUAGCUGCUAAAAAUGAACUAAAUCAAAUGAAUGAUAUUGAUGGUAGCAGUUCCUUUGGUACUUCAGGCAGUCAGUCACCGACUUUUUUUUCUCCACCUAUUAAAACAACUCCUAUUCCAUCUUCUGGAACAUUAAUGGUGGCAGAAGCAUUGAAUACUCAAUCACCACAACGUUCUCAAAACACGUUUUCAUCACCUAUGCAGAAUUCAGUAUUUAAUCAUAUAUCACAAAGAAAUUUUUGCCAUAAUUCAACGGGUAAAUUUCAACAAAACUCGUCGAAUAAGACACAUUAUGCUAAUAGAGCUAAUCUGCAACGUCUUCUGGAUUUGUACUAUAUAUCGCUAUGCCAGCCAGCUUUUCCUGAAAAAGGUGAGAAUAACAAUAUGGGAUCGCCACAAUAUUAUUUAGAUCAAUAUCACCAAUUAAAUCAUCAACUCACAGCUAGCCAUAAUUAUGGGUCACAGGGCUUAACUUGA